CCAUCAUAGAAAUCAAUACAACCGCUAAGGGGAGCUCACGUCGUAUGGGAAUUUAGGGUGAAUGUAGGUUAGCCUAUGGUUACAAUGGAUAUGUCUUCUAUUAAAAUCACGUUCUGAUAAGUAUAUCGAAACAAUCAAAUGUAUAAAGUAGAACGCAUGAAAUGAGAUUAAAAAUCCAUUAGCGAUUGCUUCUGAAUCUGUUCUUACAAUAAGUAGUUAUUACGGUAGACUAACUAAUUUAAUGGUUUACACCAAACGCACGAAUGCUCGUUUACCGAUUUCGUGCUUGUAUUCAUAUCGUUGUGUUCAUUAUAAUAAUGUUGGUGUAAAUAAGCGUUGA